AUGCAGUUCUUGGGCCUGAGGCUCGCCACUCCACACAGGUGCCACUCGGGGGACUUCCGACAUCUGAGCUCGAGAGGACCUGGAGUGGUGCCUUUCUCCCCGUCGAGGACGGUGGCUGUGAGCAUGUUGACAUGCGAGCCUUUGGAUCCGCAGGUCUGGAGCCUGUCGUGGUUUGACUGCGGAGGUCUGCAGAGCCAAUCGGGAGUCAGGAUGCGACUCUGUGGGAGCUGUCCUUUGAGGCUGUGGGGGCAGCUCCUGGAGCAACGGUCGUCAGUUGCGUUGACCUCCACAGGAGACGUGCACAUGAGAGCUUUAGGGCCGUGCCUACAGUCAACCCGCACAAUAAGGAUGGGAAUGGAGGAGGAGUAG